AGACUCUGCGGCGCCGCCCGGCUAGCGCCUCCGCCCCCGAGCGCCCGGGCGGGCGGAGUUGCGGGUGAGGGGCGGGAUGUUUUGGGGGGCGGGGGUCCCGGUGACGGCAUCGGAGCGCGCCGCGCGGAGGCUCGGAGCCUAACUGCACCGGCGGGGGACUGCUCCCACCCAAGCAGGCCCCCACCCUCGCACCAUGGGGCUGGAGACCCAGAGGCUGCCGGCCGCGGAGGAGGCCCCAGUGAGGGUGGGCCUGCGUGUCCGCCCGCUGCUGCCCAAGGAGCUGCUGCACGGCCACCAGAGCUGCCUGACGGUAGAGCCCGAGCACAGCCGUGUCACCCUCGGUCGAGACCGCCACUUUGGCUUCCACGUGGUGCUGGAUGAGGAUGCCGGGCAGGAGGCCGUGUACCAGGCCUGCGUGCAGCCCCUCCUCGAGGCUUUCUUUGAGGGCUUCAAUGCCACCGUCUUUGCCUACGGCCAGACGGGCUCUGGGAAGACAUACACCAUGGGGGAGGCCAGUGUGGCUUCCCUUCACGAGGAUGAGCAGGGCAUCAUCCCCCGGGCCAUGGCUGAAGCCUUCAAGCUGAUUGAUGAGAAUGACCUGCUGGACUGCCUCGUGCACGUGUCCUACCUGGAAGUGUAUAAGGAAGAGUUCCGAGACCUGCUGGAGGUGGGCACUGCCAGCCGAGACAUCCAGCUUCGGGAGGAUGAUCGGGGAAAUGUUGUGCUGUGUGGCGUGAAGGAGGUAGACGUGGAGGGCCUGGACGAGGUGCUGAGCCUCCUGGAGAUGGGCAACGCAGCGCGGCACACGGGGGCCACGCACCUCAACCGCCUGUCCAGCCGCUCACACACUGUGUUCACCGUGACCCUGGAGCAGCGGGGGCGCGCCCCCAGCCGCCUACCCCGACCCACCGCGGGCCAGCUGCUGGUCUCCAAGUUCCACUUCGUGGACCUGGCGGGCUCAGAGAGGGUGCUCAAGACGGGCAGCACAGGCGAGCGGCUCAAGGAGAGCAUCCAGAUCAACAGCAGCCUCCUGGCGCUGGGCAACGUCAUCAGCGCCCUGGGCGACCCCCAGCGCCGCGGCAGCCACAUCCCCUACCGGGACUCCAAGAUCACCCGGAUCCUCAAAGACUCGCUGGGCGGGAACGCCAAGACGGUGAUGAUCGCCUGCGUCAGUCCCUCCUCCUCCGACUUCGACGAGACCCUCAACACCCUCAACUACGCCAGCCGCGCCCAGAACAUCCGCAACCGCGCCACGGUCAACUGGCGGCCCGAAACCGAGCGCGCCCCCGAGGAGGCGGCGGCCGGCACGCGGGGGCCCUCGCGCCACCGCUCGGAGACGCGCAUCAUCCACCGCGGCCGGCGCGUCCCCGGCGCCGCCAACGCCCCUGCCCCUGCCGCCGCCGCCGCCGCCGCCGCGCGUCUGGGCGCCGAGUGCGCGCGCUACCGGGCCCGCACCGACGCCGCCUACAGCCUCCUGCGCGAGCUGCAGGCCGAGCCCGGGCUGCCCGGCGCCGCGGCGCGCAAGGUGCGCGACUGGCUGUGCGCCGUCGAGGGUGAGCGCAGCGCCCUGAGCUCCGCCUCCGGGCCUGACAGCGGCAUCGAGAGCGCCUCCGCCGAGGAGCAGGCCACGCAGGGGCCCGGCGGGCCGACGGUGGCCAAGGGCCAGGACGAGGACGGGGCAGUACAGCUGCUUGCACUGCAGAGCCAGGUGGCCCGGCUGGAGGAGGAGAACCGAGACUUUCUGGCCGCGCUGGAGGACGCCAUGGAGCAGUACAAACUGCAGAGCGACCGGCUGCGGGAGCAGCAGCAGGAGAUGGCAGAGCUGCGGAUGCGGCUAGAACUGGUGCGGCCUGGCUGGGGGGCCACAGGGCUCCUGCAGGGUCUGCCUCCUGGGUCCUUUGUGCCUCGGCCUCACACAGCCCCUCUGGGGGGUGCCCACAGCCACGUGCUGGGCAUGGUGCCUCCUGCCUGCCUUCCUGGAGACGAAGUUGGCCCCAAGAACUGGGGAGAGCAGGUGACAAAUGGCAGAGAGGCGGGAGCCAAGGUGGAGGCAGAUGGGCCUGGAAGCAGAAGCAGCUCAUCCGCGGCGGAGGAGGAGGAGGAGGAGGAGGAGCAAGCGGCGGAGCCUCCGCGGACCCUGCACCUGCGCAGAAACGGAAUCAGCAAGUGGAGCCAGAGGGUGGGGGCCCGCCCAGAGAGUCCACUCGACAGGAAGGGCCCAGAGCUUACCCUUGAGGAAGUGGGUGCAGCCAUCCCGGGGCCCAGAGUCAGUGGUGGGAGCAAGGCCCCGGCUCGACCCCGUCAGACCCCAGCGGCCAUGGCAUCUGAGUGGCGGCUGGCCCAAGCCCAGCAGAAGAUCCGAGAACUGGCCAUCAACAUCCGCAUGAAGGAGGAGCUCAUUGGCGAGCUGGUCCGCACAGGGAAGGCGGCCCAGGCCCUGAAUCGCCAGCAUAGCCAGCACAUCCGGGAGCUGGAGCAGGAGGCAGAACAGGUGCGGGCUGAGCUGAGCGAAAGCCAGAGGCAGCUGCGGGAGCUCGAGGGCAAGGAGCCUCAGGACGCAGGCGAGCGCUCUCAGCUCCAGGAGUUCCGCAAGAGGGUCGCCGUCGCCCAGAGCCAGGUGCAGGUGCUGAAGGAGAGGAAGCAGGCGACGGAGCGGCUGGCGUCGCUAUCGGCGCAGCGCGAGAAGCGGCUGCAGGAGCUCGAGCGGCACGUGCAGCUCAUGCGGCAACAGCAGGGGCAGCUGCAGCGGCGGCUGCGCGAGGAGACGGAGCAGAAGCGGCGCCUGGAGACCGAGAUGAACAAGCGGCAGCACCGCGUCCAGGAGCUGGAGCGAAGGCACGAGCAGCAGCAGAAGAUCCUGAAGAUCAAGACGGAAGAGAUCGCGGCCUUCCAGCGGAAGCGGCGCAGCGGCAGCAACGGCUCCGUGGUCAGCCUGGAGCAGCAGCAGAAGAUCGAGGAGCAGAAGAGGUGGCUGGAUCAGGAGAUGGAGAAGGUCCUGCAGCAGCGGCGGGCCCUGGAGGAGCUGGGGCAGGAGCUCCACAAGCGGGAGGCCAUCCUGGCCAAGAAGGAGGCCCUGAUGCAGGAGAAGACGGGGCUGGAGAGCAAACGCCUGCGGUCCAGCCAGGCCCUCAGCGAGGACAUCGUGCGCGUGUCCAGCCGGCUGGAGCACUUGGAGAAGGAGCUGUCGGAGAAGAGCGGGCAGCUGCGGCAGGGCAGCGCCCAGAGCCAGCAGCGCCUUCGCGGGGAGAUCGACGCCCUGCGCCAGGAGAAGGACUCGCUGCUGAAGCAGCGCCUGGACAUCGACGGCAAGCUGAGGCGGGGCAGCCUGCUGUCGCCCGAGGAGGAGCGGACGCUGUUCCAGCUGGACGAGGCCAUCGAGGCCCUGGACGCGGCCAUCGAGUACAAGAACGAGGCCAUCACGUGCCGCCAGCGGGUGCUGCGGGCUUCGGCGUCCUUGCUGUCCCAGUGUGAGAUGAACCUCAUGGCCAAGCUCAGCUACCUCUCCUCCUCAGAGACCAGAGCCCUGCUCUGCAAGUAUUUUGACAAGGUCGUGACGCUCCGGGAAGAGCAGCACCAGCAGCAGAUUGCCUUCUCCGAGCUGGAGAUGCAGCUGGAGGAGCAGCAGAGGCUGGUCUACUGGCUGGAGGUGGCGCUGGAGCGGCAGCGCCUGGAGAUGGACCGCCAGCUGACCCUGCAGCAGAAGGAGCACGAACAGAGCGUGCAGCUGCUGCUGCAGCAGAGCCGAGAUCACCUCGGGGAGGGCCUAGCAGACAGCAAGAGGCACUACGAGAGCCGGAUUCAAGCCCUGGAGAAGGAGCUGGGCCGCCACAUGUGGCUGAACCAGGAACUGAAGCAGAAACUCGGUAGCUGGAGCGCUGCCGGCCCGAGCAGGGUGCCAGGUGCGGAGAAGAGGACGCUGUGCCUGGAGAGUCGACCGGCCCCGGGGCCCGAAGACGAGCUCCCCGCUGCGCCCGAGCUGCUCCGGCCACAGCCCCUCCCUGACGGUGCCCCCCGCGCCCGGGAAGAGGUGCGGGACUUGGUCCGGGCCCCCCUCCCGCUGACUUGGAAACGGUCGAGUCUGUGCGGGCUGACUUUGAGACACGGCACCAGCCACCACUGGAGCUCUGCCAGGGUAAGUCAAGCUGAGGCCUCGAGGUUUAAACAGAAAGGCACUGAAUGCUGCAUAGAUGGAGAGGGUUUUAUUAGGACGUGAGGAAGUUAAAUUCAUUCUCUGUCGGGCACAGCCUUCAGCUUUGACCCAUAAGGAGCCCUUUCUCCCACUUCCCAAGUGAGGGGGUGGUUGUUGGACUGGUUUUGGUCUCCCAGACGUGGGGGCUAGAAGGGAAGCCUGCUCUAAGGUCCUUGUCUGCCUCCCCUAGCAAGGGGCAGGGCUGGGUGGCAGGCCUCCUGGGAGGGGGAGUAAAACACGGAAGGGACUCUUGUGGGAAUCACAGAGACCUGAGACCAGGCCCUGGUAGCUGCAGGCUCCUGGGGACCAGGCUGACUUCAUCUUUUGGGCCUCCUCUGUUCAGAGCGCCCCACUUCUUCCUGUUUCUGUGCAGCCAGCCCAGGGUGACGCGGGACAGAGUAGUCAGGUCCUGGCUCAGAUGAACGGAGUUUCUGGGGUAAGAAUUCCUCUAUGACUGGAGGCCAGAAUUCCUGAAACGGCCAGAGCAAACAGCUCUCUAAGCACUGGUCUGUCCUGGGAAGGUGGUGGCUCUGGCCAAGCCCAGUGGUGGGUGUCGUAUGAAGUCCCCCACCCAGUUGCAUCCUAACUAGCUUAUCAGCUUCUUCCGGGUGUAAGUUCUGCUGAUGGGGCGUCUCCUGGAGAACGCUCGGCUGAAAGGAGAUUCCUCGGCUGUCGGGGGGAGGACCUCUAUGUCCUCAUCUAGAACAAGCAGAGGGCAUGCAGGACGUGAGCAUGGAACAGAAAAGGGGCUUGAAUGGGAGGGGAUCCACCUGCAGAGGAUGUCCCCCCAGCCCUGCCUGCGGCUCACGUGCUGAGGAAGGGCAACCUGCGCUUUCUACUGGGCUGUGCCCUCACACCAGCACGGGGCGGUGGCGGUUAGUGACUGAGAAAGCACAGUACCGUGGUCUGAAUUCCUUCAGCUGUUUGUACAUUUAAAUUCUCGUCUUGGGGGCCGUGGCCUCCUGUGUUCCUCUACAGUUCUAGAUGUUUCUCCCCUGGUAGUGCACUAAGCACCUGCAAACCAGUCCCGUCCCAGGUGGGGUCGAGGAAAGGGAAUCCCAUGUCCAGACGCUGAGCACAACAGCCGGUCUCUAAUCCUAAUCUAAGCACAGAGGUGUGACCCUCCCAGAGGUGUCCCAGAGGUGUGACUGCCAGUGCGUCACCUGCCACCUGUGCUGCCCGAAACACGCUCCUCAGGUGCCCGUGACUACAUUGCACAGAGGUCACUCCUUCCAGAAGCUGUUUCACGACACACUGGAGUUCCAGCGGUGGAGUUUCUCUGGGACGAGCACAGGACCCCACAGGGACAAAGUCCUCUGUCCCAGCUCGGGCACUCCUUCCAACUCCUCCACGAUCCCACUGUCUGGCAAACCUGAGCUACCUCUGGGGAGUCACCCGAAGGACCCACGUAAGUCUCCAGGACCCUCGCUGAACGAGUUACCUCUGGCCUCGUGACACUGCGAGGAAGGCGUCCUCCCUUGGAACAGCAGCGGAGAGUGGGUGAGAGCCUGCAGGCCGCUGGCCGAGAGGCAGCUGCGCAGCGCCCAGCCGGGCGGGGGCGUGGAGGCUACGGGAGGGGACAGGGUGAGCAUGGUCCCGCGGCACCCCCAGACAAGGGAGCCUCCCGAUGCCUCUGUGCCCAGCACCGCCAGCCGCAACCCCAGGGACACAGACUCACCUGGAAGGAACACCUCGUCGUCACCCGCGGAGGGCAGGUGCCGCCCGCUCGCACGCGGAGAUGGCUCCCUGCUCCUGCUAAGCUCUGCGUCUCCUCUCGGCUCCUCACACGCUCUCUUGGUUGGAACCUCCGCUUCCUCCUUGGCAGGAAGGAGCCUCUUCCUGGAACCCAAACCGAACUGUCCCCAGGAGGCUUCCUCAGCCUGAGGCGCACAGUCCCUGGGAGGUGACUGGUCUGGUAGCCGGCACACCCCGUCAAGCUCAAAAUCCCCCACGAGGGGCGUCCUGCUGCUGCCGAGUUCAAGGCCUCGUUCCCUUCUCUCCGGCUCGAGCAGGGACACGCCUGCAAGGUCAGUGCCACCGCCCACCGCCCUCUUCCUCCGCGGCCAGUCUUUAAUGGUGUCGGGAGUGGUCUUCCCGCUGUGCUUGGGAGACGGGGUCCAGGGAACACCGACGUCUGUUUGAAACGGAGAGGGGGUGCUAGAGGGGCAGCGGGUGGGGGUACAGGACUGGCAGAUGUAGGUCUGUCCCCCGCUCUUGCCGGGGGUGCUGUGUGAGGGGCGAAGGCAGGGGGGCGACACGUAGGUGGCUUCAGGUUUCCCCGAGGCCUUGGUGGCCCCAGGCAUGCUGAGUGCAGGGAGGGCGCUCUCCUCUCCCGGGGAUGUCCCCUCCUGUCCCAGAGGCUCGGCUUCGGAUAGGGAGCUGGGGUCUAU